CAUUACUAGUGGCCAUUGUUGUCGUGCGGUUCUGAAAUGCUCCAAGUGGCGUUUUGGGGGUUUUAGUUGAUCUAUUUCUUAUUUCCGCCCCUUUCAACGACAGAAAACACAAUGGCUGAUUACUGGAAAUCACAACCGAGGAAAUUCUGUCAGUAUUGUAAGUGCUGGAUCGCGGACAAUAAACCCAGUAUCGAUUUCCACGAAAGAGGGAAGAACCACAAGGAAAAUGUUGCAGCUAAAAUUUCAGAGAUUAAAAAGAAAAGUAUACAGAAAGCCAAGCAGGAGGAGAAGGCGUCUAAACAGUUCGCUGCCAUGGAGGAGGCUGCGAUGAAAGCUUAUGAGGAAGAUCUGAAACGGAUGGAGCGGGAGGCAGCAUUUGGCCCAGCUGCUGAAACAACUUCUACAACUUCAACAUACCAACCUGUGCCAACGGUGCGGGCUCCGAAACAGCCCCAGGCCCUCAGGCAGGAGUCCAUGCAGAAGAAGCCCCAGAAGAAAGGAGGACAUCCCAGGCCUCCUGCCCAGCCGAGACCCCGCACGGGAGCAUCGCUGUGGGUGGAGGGGAUGACCAGCGAAGGGUAUACGUACUACUACAACAGAGCCACUGGUGAGUCUCGAUGGGACAAACCAGAAGAUAUUCCAGGAGUGACGCCUUAUACAGCAACAGCAGAGAGCGCACAGGCUCCUACAGCAGGUGUUUGGACAGAAGCUGUGAGCCCAGAAGGUUACACAUAUUACUACAACACAGUGACAGGAGAGUCGAGUUGGGAAAAGCCUGCAGAUUCUAGCUCCAGUGAUGCAGCCAGGUCCAGUGAAAAGGGAGAGGGUGAAGAGGAGCCCCCAAACCCAGUGCACAGUCCAGAGGCAGGAGGUCAGGAGGAGAAGACUGAGCAGACAUCUACAGAGACUGAAGCUAACCCAGCAGACAGCAACAAGUCCUCUGUCCCCAAAAUACAAUUCAGGAAAAGGAAAGCAGAGGCUGAUCUUUGUGAGCAGACGUCUGACUCUCCUGAUGAGGCUCCUAAAGAGAGUGAAGAGGAGCACGGACAGGAGGAAGGAGGAGCUGUGUCAGAGGAGAAACCAGAGGAGGAGAAAGCAGAGGAGACGCCCACCGGACGAUUCAGACCUCCCAACCCCUAUGGCACCUGGGAGCGCAUCAAAGUGCAGAAAGACCCUUAUGCCAGCGUGGACUUGCAGCUGCCUCGGGUCCAAGUGGCAGAAGAGAGCAUACCUGUAGAAAUCCCUCCAGAGCCAAAGCACAAAUUCAAGACGCGUGUGAUCACAUCUUUAGGGGACAGUGCCGGCAGCGCCCCAGUCACCUUUAAGAAGAAGAAAACUCAAAACGGAAAAUCUCGAAGUCUACGGCAGAGAGACGAUGAGGAUUGAACAGGACACAUAAACCUAUAGAACAUUUGUGGACUAUUUUGGCUUCUACUCCAAGACUUUAUUUUUCCUCUGAAACUAUGAUCUCGUAUUUUUACAUCUUUGGCUUUUGGACAUAAGAAGUGUACAUUAAAAUGUUUUAGGAUUCCAACAAAACGCUGAGGGUGUUCUACGUGCAUUUCUAUGGUGUAAUGUUCAGCAGUUACCUCGAUGACACAAUCCACACAUAAUAAACGUGGUCAAAAUGUUUUCAAACUGUCUGAAAACCUAAAAAAAAAUACAAAAUGGAUUUAAACUACACAUUUUCAGGAGCAUGUGAUCAAUAUGAGUGAUCAUGUCCUGUUUAGGUGUUUGAUUUUCAACAAAAAGGUGAGAAUGACUAACAAUACUAGUUUUAUUAUCGAUUAGGAACUGAUUUCCGAUACUUAUAAUAACCCUAGUAAACAAGGAAAGUAGGUGUUGGAAGUAACGGGCAGGUAAUGGUCUAGGCAGGGGUGAUGUGUUACCGUUGGUCAAGAGAACAAAACAACUUAGAUUUAUUUAGAUGUAUUUUAUUUUACAAACAUUAAUUGGUUUUAUGUAAUAUAUACAUCACCAAAAAUAUAAAUAAAUGACAUAGGCUCUAUUUUUCUGCACUA